UUGUUGGGGACAGGACAAAUGUCACUUUUUUUCCAAACUCUCUGGGUGUAGUUUUCCUCAGUGCAAAUGGAUUCUUCAUCUCAAAGUCAAAGCAUUGACGGCUUGCAUCGACCAAUCCAAAGACAACCAAAAUUCAAGAAACAAUUCAGCACCACAGAUAAAACCUGUCAACAGCUGGUAAGCAAAGCAAACCCUUUUGUUCUGGUAUAAGUGAAGUCCCGGUCGAGUGAUUUUCAGCCUAAAGUUAGUCUAAUUGCCCUUAGUCAAACGUCGUCUUGGUUGCCAUGGCAUUAUAAAUGCUAUCUGAAACCUUAUUUCGUACAAUUUAACAACCUCACCUCGUCUACAAAGGAGUCUAUGCCCCCAACCAAUGGAUCAAUGAGUUUAAGAUCACUUAGUAAGAAAUAUCUGUUUCAGAUUCUACUGUUGCACUAAAGGAGAAAAUGUCUGGAUUUUUUUUUGCCCCAUCACGUUUCACUUUCAAAUGAGAAAAUGCCCUUUCUUUAAGGAUAUUAAAAUGAAUCUUCACAAAGGAUCUAUACCUACAGCACAAUUAAACCACAUAGCUGCAAAACUCCUUCAGAACCUCAUAAUGGAAACCUUUUGAAAUGGUAGUAAAUGAAUUUAGUGUUAACAAAAACCAGAGCCCACUCUCAAGCAUGCCAAUUGUAGCAAAGGAGACCACAUGGAGAGAUACAGCACCCUACCAGCGAACCUGGACAACCAUUCAAAUUGGAUCAUUGAAUUUAUUUUUGUUUAAAAUAUCCCCCUCCCAUUUUAAGCUAUGAUGGUUUGCUGAUUCAUUCUCUUGUUGCAGGAUGAAUGGAAGGAAAUGGGAAUCCUGAUGGUAAUCCUAUAUUGCUGAUCAGCACCUUUAGGUCAUGUUGGAUAAUAAGCUACAUGAAGAUGGUUAAUUUAAGCAGGUUUCCGACAGUCUUGCUGUCCUGAGGUCAUUGAAAUGGAGUUGUGGUGGUUCUACAAAUACAACUUUUUUUAUUUUUUAUUUAUUUUAUAUUGUUUCUAAUAAAUGCAUACGUCCGCUGGAGAACUUCUUCACGGGGCUGAAUGGUCGUUGGAACAUCAGUCUGAAAAAGCAGAAGCGCGACGGAUGUGGGCAGCAUCUCAACACAGCGAGAGUUGGCGCACCAAGGGUGCAGCAAAAUUUAAAAAGGCCCAUUGAGCCUAAACUAUGAACCUAGAGGAGCAGACUGUUACUUGGCUUAUAACAUUAGGCGUUCUUAAUUCUCCAAAAAAGCACAUCUCGGCUCCAGAGGAAUUUCUGAAAACAUCUUUAAGAGAUGGGGUCGUUUUGUGUAAGCUUAUGGAGCGCUUACUACCUGGAACCAGCAUAAAGUAUUCUCCUGAUCCCAGAUGCGAAGCUGAUUGCAUUGCAAACAUUCGGCAGUUUCUGAAAGGAUGUCAGUCUCUGAAGGUUGAGGGCUUUGAACCAGAGAUCUUGUAUAGUGGGGAGAACUUUGGCAAGGUGCUGUCAACACUCUCAGCAAUAAACAUCGCCACUCAAGAUUGUACUCCUAAUAGGUCAUGUCCACAGCUCAGUGCCUCUGCUCCUAGCCUGUCAUCCUCCUCUCAAGCUGUUCCCACCUUAAAGUACAAGUCCUUACGGAGGCAAUCAAAAGCAGUGGAGAUGUCGGAGAAUGGAAGUGGUGGAAAGCUGGUGGUAAAGGCACGCUUCAAUUUCAAACAGAACAAUGAGGACGAGCUGUCUUUCAGCAAGGGUGAGCUCAUCCACGUCACGCGCCAGGAGGAAGGUGGAUGGUGGGAGGGAACCCUUAAUGGCAAGACCGGCUGGUUCCCUAGCAACUAUGUCCGAGAGGUCAAGCCAUGUGAAAAACCAAUAUCUCCAAAAGCGCUAAAAGGAUUCGUUGUCCCUCAGCUAACAAAAAAUUAUUACAGUGUGGUGGUGCAAGACAUCUUGGAACAUGAGAGAGAGUUUGUCAAAGAAAUGCAAAUGGUACUAGGCUGCUACCUGCGCCCUCUACAGACUAGUGACAAGCUCUCCAAUGCGGACUUCUCCAGCCUGAAUGGCAACUUAGAAGACAUACUCUCUUUCCAACAGGGACUGUGUCUUGCAUUAGAGGAGUGCACCAAGAUUCCAGAGGGCCAGCAACGCAUUGGGGGCUGUUACCUGAAUCUGAUGUGUCAGAUCAGAACUCUUUACUUGUCUUAUUGCUCUAGCCAUCCCUCUGCAGUGGGUGUGCUCACUGAUCACAGUGAAGAGUUGGACAGAUUCAUGGAGAGUCAAGGCGCCAGUGCUCCUGGGAUCUUAACUCUUACCACCAGCCUUAGUAAACCCUUCAUGAGGCUUGACAAGUACCCCACUCUCCUGCAGGAGCUCGAGAGACAUGUGGAGGAAGCCCAUCCAGAUUAUAGCGACAUUCUGAAAGCAACAGUUGCUUUUAAGAAUCUUGUGACUCAGUGUCAAGAUCUGCGAAAAAGAAAGAACCUGGAGUUGCAGAUCUUGUCGGAGCCAGUGCGGGGCUGGGAGGGCGAGAGCAUGAAGUCAUUGGGUCAGGUUAUCUACAUGUCACAGGUCCACAUGCAGAGCAGCUCAAAUGAGGAUAAAGAAGAGCGAUAUUUCAUGCUGUUUCCUAAUGUGGUAGUCAUGUUGUCGGCUAGUCCUAGAAUGAGUGGCUUUAUUUAUCAGGGACGGAUUCUGCUAACAGGAACCACAGUAACCAAACAGCCAGAGGAUGCAGAAACAGGCCAUUAUGCCUUUGAGAUAACAGGAGGAACGAUAGAUCACAUCAUGGUGUUCUGCAAUAGUUCACAGGAGCAGCAGGAGUGGUUAGACCAUCUUCAUGCUUACGCCAAGGAAGGAAGUCCAGUUGGGACAAUAUUGAAGAAUGUUGAGGGUAAGCACACAACCAUGACCCACCACUUGCCGGGUUUCGGUGCUCCUGUGGCUAACCGAGGCCCCCUCGAACCCACCAAGAUCACCAAACCUUGGUCCUUAAGUUGCCUAAGGCCUGCGCCGCCCCUCAAGCCUUCCGCCGCUAUGGGCUAUAAAGAGAGGAUGUCUUAUAUCCUGAAGGACUCUAAUAAAAGCCCCAGACCCAUCAAGUUCCUUCCGAAGAGAAAAACAGAAAGAAAACCAUCAGAUGAUGAAUUCAUAAGAAAAAGUACAGCAGCUCUAGAGGAGGAUGCCCAGAUACUCAAAGUGAUUGAGGCCUACUGCACUGGAGCCAGUCUCCACCAGACCACCACAGCUGUUCGUAAGGAAUAUGUUCCCCAAGUCCUGCUGCCAGAAGAAGAGAAGAUUAUUAUUGAGGAGAUGAAGAACAACGGCCAGACUGUCAUUGAAGAGAAAAGUCUUGUGGAUGCAGUAUAUGCAUUGAAAGAUGAGGUCCACGAGUUAAAAAAGGUAAGAUUUUGAGGAGAAUAAAUGGAUGAAGCAGUGUCUGGAAGAAGAGCAGAAGUCUCGUAAGGAGCUGGAACGUGUGGUCAGGAAGUUGGCUAAACAAAAGAAUGACUGUUCCUGGGAAGAAGGAGGGCAUUGAAGAACACUCUGGACAUUCUGUGAUUGCCCUUUGCCAUGCGUGUGUUUAUCUUGUACGUAUUUCUGUGUUUAUGUGUGUGUCCUCACAAACGUGUUUUUUCCACUGCAUAAUACACUGAACGUUGCUAAUGGAAAGUCACCAUGUCUGGGAUUUUCAAAAAUGUCUCACUAUUUCUCACUAUUUUUUUUUUUUUUUUUUUUUUCAAACAGAGGGGCAAUAAUAAUUUUCAACUUUGUGGUUAUUGGUUCUGUGCUACGGAAUUUAAUUUCUCACUAUUUGGAAGAAUAUCAUGGUGUGUUUUGCUCCAAGCUCCUGUGAUUUGCUCAUUUUGAGAACAAAACGGUUGCAAAAGUCUAUGUGAACUACUUGCUUAGGAAGUAUUACAGAUUGAUGUUAUUGGUUUAGAACUCCUCAGGUAACUGAUGUAGUCCUGGACUGUUAUUUUUUUCCUGGCUGGCCAUUGGUCCCAAUCAAGCACUCAAAAUAAUCCAGUCAAGUAAAAUCCGGACAGAAGAAAAAUUACAGAAGGAUGAUGGAAUCUCUUUUUUAACUGAACAAAUAUCUGCCUCACUUUUCUCAUUCAUGGACUUGAUCUGUCUUGGACAUUUGCUCAGCCCUUGCGCAACAGCAUUCAGACUCAAGACACUAUUGCACACAUGAAAUAUAUCCUGGUGAUAGUUUUGAAGGUCAUAGCUAAUUUUUGUGCAUGAAGGUACAUUGCAGGACUCCACUGGCCACAAGUAUUGUCCUGUUUGUGCUUUUAUAAUGUGAAAAUGGUUGUGUUGCUUGAGGAAGCUUUUAGGUCAUGAAUGAAUUUGUGGUUUGCAUGUGAUAGACAUGUGGUGCCGUAUUUGCCAUCUUGAAAUUAGAUUAAAUUUUUUAUCUUUUUAGUUUGAAACUUUAAAAAAAUGUAGUAGUAAUACACCAGUGGAAUGUAGGUUUAAAAAGUGCAUUUUAAAUGAGUGAUAUUCCAGACAGUCACUCACAUCAGCAUUGGGUGUACAGUAUUUCUUAAAUAGCCAUCAUAUGUCAUAAUCAUGCUUCUGAUAAUCAUUGUCAUAAUAGUCUAAAACUAUCAGGGAUAUAGUUGUCUGAAAUAUCAUUGCAAGUUACGAAUACUAUACUAGUAAUAUCCAUCAUAAACUUUAUGUAUAUCGUAUAUACUUUUAUACCUUUAAAUGUAUGUAUCAUAGAUGUAAUGGCAAGAUGAACCAUAACUUUUUCUGAUGACAAAAAAAAAAAAUCAGCCUCCUUUUUAUGAGGUUUGAGACAAUUACAUGUGACUUUUACCAAAAAACAUUCAGUAUGUUUGAUUCCUGAAGAUUUGGUACUAGGGGCCCUUUUAGGACUAGUGUACAUAGAAACACAUGGUACUUUAGGAACUAAUAUUUGUCCCCCACUUAUGAUACUAAGGAGGCUCGUACUAGAAUAAAAAUUAAAAA